CACACACACUCUUCUGUUACUCUGCUCCUCUCUCCAACUAAAAAUGAAGCUCAAAAUCCAACAACACAUCACUCUCAUGGUCAUGGUCAUGGUCAUCAUCUUCCUCCCAAUCUCCAACUCCAUCUCCCCAUCUCUCUCUCCCAUCCAAUCUCCAUCUCCCUCCUCCCCUCUCGACCCUAAACAACUCAAAGCUCUCCACUUUCUCGGCCUCUCCUCUCACAAUCCCUGCUCCAAUCCCUCCUCUCACCACAACGCCACCUCCUGCGACUCCUCCCAUCCUUUUCGCCACAUCAUCUCUCUCACCCUCUCCAACUGCACCUCCUCCUCCUCCUUCCCUUCUCUUUCCCUUUCUCUCCGCUCCUUCUCCUCCCUCUCCUCUCUCUCCUUCAUCAACUGCUCCAUCCCUUCUCCUCGCCAUCUCCCUUCCUCUCUCCACUCCUUCACCUCCAACUCCUCUCUCCGCCACCUCUCCUCCCUCCUCCUCUCCCGUCUCCACAACCUCACCUCCCUCUCCAUCCUCUCCGUCCCCAUCACCGGCUCUGGUCUCCCUCUAAUCCUCUCCCAAAUGCCCCACCUCGUCUCCCUCACCAUUUCCCAAUCCAACCUCUCCGGCCCACUCCCCUCCUCCCUCUUCUCCCUCCCUCUCACCCAUCUCGACCUCAGCUCCAACAACCUCAAUGGCACUCUCCCCAUCUUCCCGCCCUCCUCCACCCAUCUCCAAUACCUCAACCUCGAGAACAACAACUUCCACGGCGUCAUCCCUUACAACUCCUCAUUCAUCACCCAUCUUCAGCUCUUCAAAAUCUCCGGCAAUCCCAACCUUUGCUACAACCACUCCAUCCUCUCCUCCAAGCUCAGUCUCGGUGUCGCCAAGUGUGACCAGUAUGGCUUACCAAUCUCUCCACCACCAGCGGCUGACUCACCCCGCAAGUCAAACUCCGACGACUCUCUUGACGAUGAGGAUGAUGGAAGCUUGAAAAGCACUAAUGUGUAGCUUGAUUGACUGAUGUUGUGGGAGUGUUGGGUGGCUAAUUUUGGUGGGGCUAGUUGGCAAUGAAGGUUCACGAGACUGAGCAUGCUUGGGUAGCAAGUGAAAUAAUUCAGGUUUGUGGAUCACGUUUGAUGGGUUAUAAUUAUUCAAGUGUGUCCUUUGUUUUAACAGCUGGGAUUGGUCAGAUUCCCCACAGGGCCACAGCCAUGAAUAUGUUAUGUAGCAGCUAGAGUAACCUUUUUUGGAUCAUGUCUUUAUGGACCAGAUUUUUUAAAUUAAUGUUACUCCACAACCAUUGGUUU